AUGUCAAAUGAACCUGCCUCUGUUAAUAAAACUGAUGAUGAAACAGUGAAUAAUAAUAGUUCAAGCAAUGUACAAACAAAUGAAAAUCAACAACAUUCAUCCAAAAUUGAUUCUAUACAGUCAGAUAAACUUACAGUAAACAAUAAUGAAUCAGAUAAACUAGAAGAGAAUCAAAACGAAAUUAGCCAAGUUAAAGAAAAUGAUCAGUGUAAAACAGAGGUCGAUUCAUCAUUGGAAAUGUUGAAAACUCAAGAGGAUGAAGAAGAAAACGGCUUAAAAUCAAAAGAAAUUUCAGAUAAAGAAGAUAAUUCAGAAAAAUCAUCAACUCUUGAAAGUGUUGACAAAAAUUCACAACAAUCUGAAAAAAAUGAGAAUUCAGCAGGCGAGAAAGAUAAAGAGCCAAAGAAGAAAGUUAAUCUAGUCAAAUGGUUAAAGAAGAAUGUCCAUAUUCAUUUACCAAAGCAUCAUUCUUUUAAGAAAGAAAAAUCCAAUGUGGAAGAUAAGACUGAAAAUAUGAAUUCGAAUGAAGAAUCAGUGUCUGACAAACAAGUUAAUCAUGAUCCAGUCGAAGAAGUACAAACUACAGAACAAUCUGAGGAUGAGAAAAAUGUUGCAACUGAAGAGACAAAUGAAACUAACGAAUCACUGCCAUCCAUAAUUGAGAAUACAACAGUGGAUAAUUCAUCAGACACAUCUAAAACAAUAAUCACUGCACAAUUAUAGUCAAUCUGUUUCUUUGUAUGUGUGUUAUUUAUUAUUUUAUAUCAUAAUCUUCAAUAUUUUUUAAC